UUCGAAAUCGGCCGCAUUCUCGGCAAGGGAAAGCUCGGGAAGGUGUACUGUGCUAAGCACGUGGAGUCGGGGUAUAUUGUGGCCCUCAAGGUGAUGUCCAAAAAGGACUUGGUGGAGUUGAAGCUCGAAAAGAACUUCAGACGAGAAAUUGAGAUCCAAUCGCGGUUGAUCCACCCCAAAAUAUCCAGGCUCUAUGGCUUCUUCAAUGACGACAAGAAUGUGUAUCUCAUUUUGGAGUACUCCAUCUAUGGCGAACUCUACCAGCAUCUCAAGGUCAAAUGCCGUUUCGACAACCCUACUGCCUCCCACUAUAUCUACCAGGUGGCACAGGCAUUGUACUAUUUGCAUUCAAAAAACAUAAUUCAUAGAGAUAUCAAACCAGAAAAUAUCUUACUAUCCCUUGACAAUUGCAUAAAGCUAAGUGAUUUCGGCUGGUCCGUAUACCAAAAUCCAACUUCUUCUACAAAAAGACUCACCAUUUGUGGCACCCUAGACUAUUUGCCCCCAGAAAUGAUCGAGAGUAAUGAGCACGAUUAUAACGUUGACAUCUGGUCCUUGGGUAUCUUGUGCUUUGAGUUUUUAACAGGAAAACCGCCAUUCGAAGAAAUAGACAAAAAUGCAACCUACAAAAGAAUUGCCAAAGUCGAUCUUCAAAUUCCAGAAUACAUAGAUGACGAUGCGGCUGAUUUGAUAGUGAAGUUGCUACAGAAAACCCCUCGAACCAGAAUGGCAUUGACCAAAGUAUUCACACAUCCCUGGAUUCUUAAGAAUAAACCAUACUGG